GAACGAAAUAGUCUAGCCUCUUUGCAUUCUGAAUGGGAUUUUGCCGCUCUGGUCAAGGGAUAUCGUAUCUUUGUGGGUCUGAGUUGGCUUGCUUCCUAGACGCAUUCUUAGAGCUACUACAAACGCACUUUCUAAUUCUCCAUAAAUGAUACCCAGAUCUACAUAUGCUUAUUGGAAACUUUGAAGAGAUGAAAGGUUUGCUACCUGCAGCGAAAUCUGGAGCAGAUUGAAGACUUUAAUUUUUUAGUGUAUUAUCCGCAUACGAUUAUAAAACACCAGAUAUGAUGGAUUGGCAAAUCAUAUUUUUACCAAACGGGCUUAUAUAUGCAGGACUGAAAAGUUGUAUAACUUACUUCCUUUUCUUUAGGCAAUCAUUGCAGCCAAAUAUGAGUCGUAUCUCGAAAAACGUGUUUAGCUACUCUGAUGAGGAGGAUCAAGAAGAUGACAGGGAAACUUCUCUCAUGGCUGCCCGUAAACAGGCGGAGGAGCGUGUCCGGAAGAUGGAGGAUGAGGAGGACUACGAAGCCAUGUUCAGCGCGCCAGUCCAACCAAAACCGGUAGAGAAGCCUCCGGUAAACGCAGCAUCAUCUAGAUACAUCGAAAAGCUUCUCCAGGCGAAGCAGCGACGUGAGACUGACCGCGUGUUGUUGAUUAACAAGAAACAAGGCCUCGUGCGAGCCCAGGAGGAGGUAAGCGGCCAGUACAAGGAUAAGGAGAUAUUUGUGUCCAAAUCGUACCAGAAAGCACAGAAAGAAGCACAGUCAUUGGUAGAAGAGGAGACAGUCUUGUCACGACCGGUUUUUCUCUCCAACUUGGCGCUAAACCGUGCAGAGUCCGCUACUCAGACAGUUCCCAAGGUCAAAGUCUUGGCUGCCAAAGAAGAGGUGCCAAAAGAGGUGAAGAAACCGAUGCCAAAAUUCACAUACUCGUCAGAGGAAGAAUCGGAGGAGGAGCCCGAGCCGGAAGCGUUGAGUGCAGGGAUGAACGUUAACCCUGCUAAACAGCCUGAGGUUUUGGUAGUGGAUUUGCGGGAUGUAAAAUCGGAAGCAGAGUUGAGCGUGUUUCGCGAGCGGUACUUUUUUCGCAAGAAGGCCGAAAAUAGCUUGGUCGGAUGAGGGUCUACCCGGUUUUACAAGGAAUAUUACUCGCUCUCGUGAAGGUUACGGAUAGCAGUACUAGGAAUUACCAUUUUCGAGUCAGUUUCGUUAAUAUUAGACGACGUACUCCAGUUUAUUG